CCCCCCCCCCCCCCGCGGGGCAGGCCGGGAAGCGCCGGGCGGGCAUGGCGGGGCUGGAGCUGCUGUCGGAGCAGGGCUACCGGGUGGACGGGCGGCGCGCCGGCGAGCUCCGGCAGAUCCGCGCCCGCAUGGGCGUCUUCGCGCAGGCCGACGGCUCCGCCUACCUGGAGCAGGGCAACACCAAGGCGCUGGCCGUCGUCUACGGGCCCCACGAGCAGGUGCGGGGCUCCCGGAGCAAGGCGCCGCCGGACCAGGCGCUGGUCAACUGCCAGUUCAGCAUGGCCACCUUCAGCACGGGCGAGCGCAAGCGGCGGCCCCACGGCGACCGCAAGUCCAGCGAGAUGACGCUGCACCUGAAGCAGACCUUCGAGGCCGCCAUCCUCACGCGGCUCUUCCCGCGCUCCCAGAUCGACAUCUACGUGCAGAUCUUGCAGGCGGACGGCGGCAACUACUGCGCCUCGGUGAACGCCGCCACCCUCGCCGUGAUCGACGCCGGGAUCCCGCUGCGCGACUACGUGUGCGCCAGUUCCGCGGGCUUCGUGGAGGAGACGGCGCUGGCCGACCUGAACUACAUAGAGGAGGCGGCCGGGGGGCCGCAGGUGGCGCUGGCGCUGCUGCCCAAGGCCGACCAGAUCGCCCUGCUGGAGAUGAACGGCCGGCUGCACGAGGAGCACCUGGAGCGCAUCGCCGAGGCCGCCCGCAAGGCCUGCCGGGACGUCCACGCCGUGCUGGACCAGGUGGUGCGCGAGCACCUGCGCGAAGGGGCCGCCCUGCCCGGGACCUGAGCGGGGCCGCCCGGGACUCUGGCCCCGCUUUCCAUGCCUGUUUCCCCCCGUCCCCCCCAAUAAAGGUCUGCCAUUCUCAAACGCCCGUGCAG